AUGAGCAGUGAAGUGCCCCGCGUGUACCGAGAGAUCAUAGAAGAGGUCAUUCGAAGUACAACAGAGAAUAAUUAUAGGAUAGGGAUAGAUAAGAAUGUAUUAGAAGAAAUAAAAAGCACAUGGAUAGCAAAGAUAUGUGAAUAUACAGACAUAGGAGAGUACAAGAUACUAACAUACGACAACCGAAUGGGCAUGGAUGGGUACUACUCAGGAGGGUAUCCAUACUCUGACUAUGGCUACAACAGAGACUAUCCCUACUACUAUCAAGAUAAAGAAGAAAAGGAUCCAUCCGAGGACCAGUACGAUGGGCUACCAGAAGGGAAUGAAGAAGAAUUAGACUCAAAUGAUCUUUCAGAGAGUGACUGUGAUAUAGAAAGUGAAGAACCAACCAAGAAUGUAAUGCUUUGUUUAUUUGACAAGGUCACCAGGGUGAAGGACAAGCGCAGGUGCACAUUAAAGCACGGGUUUCUUACGAUUGGAAGGACAGAUUAUACAUUUAAUGUUGCAAAUGGUGAUCUGGAGUGGUAAUGUGAUUGGUAAAAUGGUUAUUUAUUUCUGUUCUUUAUUCUCCUCCCUUAACUUUAUUUCAAUAAAUUUGUCCAGU